GGCAAACUAAAAUCCUUCCAUGGUGCUUUGUCUUUCACAGUCCAUACAAACCCGGUGCCAGGAUUCAAAGAUUAUCUCUGGGCUCUGAAUCUACCUGAACCCCAUGGAGACGUCUUUCUCCCCGAAUGGUGGGAAGUUGUAUUUGACUGUGAGGUUUUGAAGGCAGGUGUGGCCUCACCUGAUGGCCGAAGGGUUUGCACAGGGGAGGAGAACCUGGGCACUCUCCCGAUCUCCGUCUUUGAUGGAAAGAUGACCGGUUUCAGCUACAGCGUCUACAAUGCUGCCUAUUCUGUGGCACAUGCAUUACAUGCUGCAUAUACUUUGGAAUCAAAGUGGGCAUUGAAGAGGGGCAGAAAGAAGUCAGACUUUCACCUCUCUAUGAAGUCCUGGCAGGUAACUCUCAUCUUCAGAUCUUCCCUUCUGGUCAAGGAAACAGCUUUACACUGUUUUAAGAUUCAUAAACAUUUCCCUGUGAUCUUCUACAAAUCUUGAAAUUUCUAUUUUAGAUAUCACAAUGUAGAAAAGUCAUGGUUGUGAUGAUGAUUAAGAUAAAGAUAAAGGGAGAAAUAAAAGAAUGAAAUGAAAUAAGAUUAAGAUUAGGAUCCAAUCACCUAGUUUUCCUUGGGAAUAAUUUGUAGUUUCAGUUUUUGAAACUGAAUAUUUAGGAGCUCCGGAAAAAGAACUUUGCUUCAAUCUACAGCUUAGUUGUAACUUUGAUAUAAUUCUCUUCAUUUUCAUACACUUUGUUUUUUUGGUUGUUGUGCCAUUCCAGAUGCACGCUUUCCUGAGAAAGGUCCUUUUCAACAACACCGCUGGGGAGGAAGUCUCCUUUUCAGAAACUGGGAUGAAAUAUGCAGGAUUUGAUAUCCUCAACUGGGUCGUCUUUGCAAAUAUGACGACUCUUCGACAGAAAGUCGGAUGGGCCAAUCCGGAGGCUCCUUCAGCUGAAGGUUUCAGCAUCAACCCUGACGCCAUUGUGUGGGCCAAUCAGACAAAGCCUUUCUCCCGAUGUGUGAAGAGCUGCCUUCCAGGACAAGCCAGGAAAGUUGCAGAGGGGAAGCGUUCUUGUUGCUACGGAUGUACUUCUUGCCCAGAAGGGACCAUUUCUAAUCAAACAGAUGCGGCUCAAUGCAUCCCCUGCCCAGAAGACCAACAGCCAAACAAGAACCACGUCCUGUGCAUUCCCAAGACCAUGAACUUUCUCUCCUAUGAGGAUACACUCGGCUUCAUUUUAGUUUCCCUAGCUCUUUUCUUCUCUUUGAUCACAAUCCUCGUGUUGGCAGCCUUCAUCAAACACUGCAACACACCCAUCGUCAAGGCCAACAACCGUGACCUCACCUACCUUCUCCUGGUCUCCCUCCUGCUCUGCUUCCUCUGCUCCUUCCUCUUCAUCGGGCAGCCAAGGAACCUCACCUGUCUCCUCCGACAAACCACUUUCGGCAUCGUCUUCUCCACUGCCAUUUCAUCUGUCUUGGCAAAAACUCUGACUGUAGUUCUGGCCUUCAUGGCUACUAAGCCAGGAAACAGGGCAAGAAAACUCUUGGGGAAGCAGCUGGUCUUAGUCCUGGCCUGUCCCCUCGUGCAAACAGCUCUUUGUGCCUCUUGGCUGGCAAUCUCCCCCCCAUUUACUAAUUUGGACUUUCAUUCUGUGAAGGGAGAAAUCGUGUUGGAAUGCAAUGAAGGUUCAACCACCAUGUUUUAUGCUGUUCUGAGCUACAUGGGUUUCCUGAGUCUCAUCAGCUUCAUAGUGGCUUUUCUGGCCAGGAAACUACCAGACAGUUUUAACGAAGCCAAGUUCAUUACUUUCAGCAUGCUGGUCUUUUGCAGUGUCUGGGUCUCCUUUCUCCCCAGCUAUCUGAGCACCAAAGGGAGGUCCAUGGUGGCCGUGGAGAUCUUCUCCAUCUUGGCCUCUGCGGCUGGUCUGCUGAGUUUUAUCUUUCUCCCCAAAUGCUACGUUAUAGUGCUGAGGCCAGAACUGAACAAUAGAAGUCACCUCAUGAGGAAGAUUAAGUAGGAAAGCAAGA